AUGACGAGCGUCAACUCGAGCCCUCGUCACUCUUCCCGUCCUAUCGGUAUCCGGCCCAACAUGUCGUAUCCUCGAGAGCCGGAAUCCACCACCCCUCCUUACUCUUCGGCGGACGAGAUGCGCCCUCCACCCUCACAUACGCGGCCCAUGAUGAUGCCCCGCCCAUCCGACCCCUCCUUCUAUACCGACCCCAGCGGCUCGACCAACUCUCCCGGCUGGAUGGACCCCCGGCUUCUCGCCGGUACCCCUCACCCCCAGCCCGCCUUCUCCCCUCCCCAGUACGCCUCUGGAUCCAGCUCGAACGGCUUCAGCUACUAUCCCUCCAGCUACCCCACCAAUACCUACUUUUCCCAACCCUACCCCCUUCCCCCUCCUCAGACACCCGCCAUCGUCGACCCAGACACCGACUCGGAGACACUGAAACACUUUGUCUACUCUACCGACACGACCCAGGCGUCCCCGUCAAAACUAAACAAACCGCCAGGUCGUCCGCCCAACGCGUGGAUCAUCUACCGCUCGGAUAUGCUCCGCGCUAUCGCCAACGGCCAGCAUCUUCCCGGCCUCGAUGCGGUCAUGGCCGAGUCAGGCAUCUCUAGCAAUGAGCAGUCGGGCGCGGAUGAUGGGAAUACUACCAGCGGGGGCGAGGGACCCAUCAAAAAGGUCAAGAAGAAGAAGCCAAAGAAGGGGUCCAAGGAGCCUACGGCGGGGAUGCUCACUUUGGGCAAGGGCAAGACGGGGAGAGGUAUUCCCCAGGCGGAUGUCAGCAAGUUGAUCAGUAUGAUGUGGGCGAGGGAGCAGCCGGUCGUCAAGAAGCAGUACGAGCUGCAGAGUCAGGUGCAAAAGCGAGAGCACAUGCAAAAGUACCCCGACUACAAGUUUCAGCCGAUGAAGAAGGCCGACAAGGUGCGGUUGAGGGAGCAGCGCGAGCGGGAGAGGGCGGAAGUCAAGGAGCAAAAGAAGGCCGAAAAGCUUGUGGAGAGGCAUGCGGCUGCAGGGCAACCUGGAGUCAAGCGAAAGACACGCCGCAAGGCACCCGCGUCGACCCCGUACGGUGCGGACAUGUCUCGGACAAGGUCUGGAUCAGUGGCGGAGCCUAAAGAAGAACCGCAUUAUUCAAUGUACCCCUUCCCGAUGCCCAGAGACUCCCUUCCAUCCCUCGCCAACGAGUCUCAAGCGCCGAGCACUCACUACGCCCACUCCUCUCUGCCUCCUCCUCUACCCGCUCCGCCACUCGAGGUUAAUUAUCACCACCAGAACCCUGCACCGCCCGCACCCGCCGCAGAGAUCCCUCCCGUCCCGGCGCUCUACCCCACCUGGACCGAGAUCCCCGAUCUUGGCCCCGCAUACGCCGUCCCGUUCAUCUUCGAGCCCAUUCCCCUCAGCGGCGAAGAGUUCAGCAUGGACAUGUUGCAGCCGCUGUCAGAGGGUAUGGACGCCGGUGCCGAUGCGCUGGCGGCGCUAUGGUGUUCUGUCGAGGAGGAGACGGAGGAUACGACGAAUCACUGGGACUCGACGUCAAACGAAGCGAUGCAAGCUUGGUCAGAGCUAGGAUCGUAUCCCACGUACCCCAACCAAGUGGAACUGUCCACCUCGAUCGCCGAGCAAAUCGCGCAAGACUGGCAGGCGAGCCAGGCCCUGGCGUACCCCGACCAGCCGCUGCAGCCGGUCUACGACUCCUCCCUCAACUAUAUCCAGGUGCCGUAUUACAAUUACUCGCACCUGCCCGGAACGCCCGGUGCGGGCUCAUCAGUCACCUCUCCGCUCGACGCCGGCAGCUCCAGCGGACCUUUCCUCUCCUCCAACCAGCCCCUCUCUCCUGUCGAGCCAUGGUCCGCCCAGGCUGUCGACGCCAUCCCUUUCCGGCAGGUAUCCAGCGGCUCGAACAGGCUCGCUUCCUCCUCCUCCUACGUCUCCAGCCAACUCUCGCCCCAGGCGCACAGCGUCCCUCGCCAUGUAUCAUCCUCCGCCUUCCCCUCUACGGCACUCUCGGUCGAAUCGGGCGGAUGGACGGAUCGGAGCGUGUCAUUCUCGGCCUUUGCGCCGCAUGCGGAGGAGUUGGAUGAUUUGUUCUGGGAUGACGAGGCGGACAACAAGGGGAUGGAAGGCGGAUCGGGAGAGGGUAGUCAGGCGGCACCGACACCAGAGUCCAACUCGACCGUCUCGCCUAUCACCAAUAACGAGUCGUCAAGCGACAACAGCGCGAGGUCGGACCCGCCAAGGAAUGUAAGGAGACCCAGAACGGUCGGGGCGGCGUUUGCAGAGUCAAGUCAGGGUGGGGAUUAG